AUGUCGUAUUAUGAUAAUAACCUAGAAAAUCUAGAAGAAGUUGAAAGAUCAACUCGAUGUCUGCAUUUAAGUAAUGGUGUACUGAACUUGGUACACAGAUGUGUGAAGGAUCAGGCAUCAUUAUAUGUUGAAGCUCAACUUGACAAAGACUCAGAUGUGAAUCGUGCAUAUAAUUAUGUACGAAAAAAUCGCAAAUUUUUGAACAUGAAGAUUCAUACUGAUAGUCCUACUUUUAUGAAAGAACGGCGCUAG